ACAUGCGCAAUGGCAGGGCGAUGUUUUUCGCUACACUGACAAUCUCACGGGAAAACUGGAGCUCAUCAAGAAAUCGCAAAAUUCUUCCGUACUUUGGCUUCCAACCGGCGCAGCGACGGACAGACGACGCAAGACACUCUACAUGAUCGCGCCAUAGCCUUUUCCAGGCUGUCAGGUCGAAGAUCUGCCACAAGUUUGAUGGGUAUGAAGUGCAGUACUUCCUUCAGAGAACCAACGAUAAGAUAGACUGUAACGAUGCUUCGUUGAAGACGUGAGGAGGGCUGUACGAGGACCGCCAUGGACGCUGCGCUGUCGGAGUUUGUACAGUACACCGGGGCAGACCCUGGGCUGGCCAGGGACUUACUGGAAGGUAAGAACUGGGACCUGAACGCUGCCCUGAAUGACUUCAACGUUCUGUAUCGUGAAGCGGACAGUAGCCGCCCGCCGCCUGUCCCUAGGACCAGUAACGGGACGACCAUAGACAGCACGAUGGCAGCAGAAGUGCGAGCUGUCCAGAGGAGACCAGAGAGACCGCCAUUGGUCAGACAGGAGGAUCUGAAAGAUAAGAGGUUAUCCCGCGGUAUCUCCCAUGCCAGCGCGUCUCUCGUCUCCAUGGUGCGGACGGCGGUGGAGAAGGACGAGUCGGCGACCACUGAGGACAAGAUGCACUACUUCAUUGAGACGCCCGUCUACACGUUUGUGCUUCCAGACCUGACCGUUUACUCUGACGACUUCCGAGAAUUCCUGGAACGAGACUUGAUUGAGACUUCCACACUGGUGGCCUUGGAACAAGCAGGACAGUUGAACUGGUGGGCAGAAGUGUGUGCCUGUCAGAGACUCUUACCACUACAAACAUCAGGGGAUGGGAACUGUCUGCUGCACGCUGCCUCCCUGGGAAUGUGGGGUUUCCAUGACAGACUGCUGACCCUGCGGAAGGCUCUCUACAACACCCUGUCCUCCAGCGGAGCCAGAGGGGCUCUCAAGAGACGCUGGAGAUUCCACCAAACAGAGGAGAACAAGGAGGCUGGUCUGGUGUACUCUGAGGAGGAGUGGGAGAGGGAGUGGCAGGACCUGCUGAAGCUGGCCUCGGCAGAACCACGCCAUCGCCCAGGCUCCAUGGGAGGGGGCGGGGGAGGGUCUUCCACUAACUCACACUUAGAAACAGUAUCUGAAGAUGACACAGGGCUGUGUUACGAGAGUCUGGAGAGUUUCCACGUGUUCGUCCUGGCCCUGGUGCUGAGGCGACCCGUCAUCAUCGUGGCGGACACCGUUCUACGGGACGCUAACGGAGAAGCGCUGGCGCCCAUCCCCUUCGGCGGCAUCUACCUGCCGCUGGAGUGUAAACCGGACGAGUGCCACCGGUCACCGCUGGUCCUGACCUACGACCAGGCCCACUUUUCCGCUCUUGUUGCAAUGGAACAAAGUGAGGUGGAUGAACAACACAGACUCAUCACUGUGGUUCCCAUCACUGAUCACAACCACAAGCUACUCCCUGUUCACUUUGUCUCCGACCCCGGGCUAUCCUGGAUAUGGGAGAAGGACCCACAAGGACCUGAAAAAGUUGCAAAGUUGAAGUUGAACGAGGACCAGAAAUUAAAACUCCUUGAACAGUAUCUAAAUGUUGUUAAGGUGCCCUUGAAAGGAAAGACAAUUCCCGCGGACGUGUUGAACUCUGUAGAAAGUUCUUCCCAAACGUCGGAAGACGCACGCUCCAGCAGUGGUUCCUUUGACUCUGGGUCAGAACCGGACUCAACCAACUCAAACCACAGCGGAAAGGGAGGCAAGACAAAGGCUGCAAAACAGCUGAGCUCCGUAGCAACAAGGAUAGGUAGUUUUGGGAAAACAAUGGGCAACAAACUCAAGAAGAACCUGGGCAUGUACAAUGCCAAACACAAUGGAAAGGGUGGGGAAAAGCACGGGGGGAAACUGGAGAGAAAGGAGUCAAAAAAUGGAAAGGGGGACCUAAAGACUGAAAAAUCCCACGUGGUGCAGAAUGGACCGGUGGACGAGAGGGAUGGAAGCGUUAGCGUGAAUGGCACUCCGACGCACGCGGCUGCCAAGGAACAUCAACCCUUGGUGCGGGGGAAGGACUACAUCCUGGCUGCCAAGAUGAGCAUAGAGAAGCGACACAAGUACCAGCAGGAAAUGAUCGACAAUUACCUCUCGCUAGCACAGGAACGGUUCGCCGACCACUGCGAGAAGAAGCGUCGGGAGGAGGAGGAGAAGAAGAAACUGGCAGCACAGAUCAAACAUGAACAGGAGCUGAUGAUGAAGCCCAUGCCGUGUAUGACGGAGGGGUGCGCCCUGUACGGCACUGCUGCUACUAACUAUCUUUGCACGUCCUGCUUCGAGAGGCAGAAGCACAGCAUGGCCGUGGACUAUGCAUCGUGGAAGGUUAACGGGGCCAAGGGGCACGUGGUGUCGGCGGGUUACGCCACCCUUCCCACUCCCGGGAAACACAACACACAGUCGUACCGCAGCACCUACACCAUACAGGAGGACGGCGUCGUGCCCAGUAGGAAGUCUCCGCCCUCCCUCCCGCCCCCCCAGCUCCCAGCGCGGGCCAGUCCCAGCCUCGCGAGAGGCGGCGGCGGCCAGCGGAUAAGUUAUCCAUCGGCGGUCAACUCCAAGUACAUCCCACAGGAGGACGUGCCGCACCGAAGCGCCACGUAUCCCAACUGUUCUGACCCGCCCUCCUCCCACUCCAGCCCCUCCCACCUACCCAACUACCACCCCCCUCCCCCUUACCGUGCACCCAACGGUCCGUACAACAGUCAGCACAACUACUACACCUUACCAGGAAGGCCAAGCAGACAGACUACCACCUCACCGCACAGGUGGACAGAAAUCACCGCAUGUCCCCGGAGAACUCCUACAGUGACGACGAAGUCGCGGGGAGUUGGUUAAGAACGAAAACGCGGUCGCCCGUACGCUCCACGAGACUGCCUCCGGAGAGGGAAAAGAUCCCGUGUCGGAUGAAGUGCGGGUACGUUGGGCUAGAGGAACUGGAUUUCUACUGUAGCACUUGUUACAAAGACAGAGGUCGCAAACUUACAAAUGUCUAUAGUCCGCAUAAGUGAGCAGCUGGAGAAUUAACCUGUCAAUCAUGUCAGACAGCCAAUCAAGAAGCACGGUGGAGGACCAGCGGGAAGGCCCACCUGUACACCACAACUGUCAAGGAACCACAGAAUUGUGUUAAUUAGAAUGGCGAGGACUGAGUAGGUGAAAUGCCUUAAUUGAUUGAUUUCAUUGAAUGAUUUCAAAGGAAGCAGUCGCAUGUUGAAUCAAAGAUACCCGAUUGGUCUAGAAUAGCUGUCAGUCAAGAAGAGGGGAACAUCUCCGCAGAUUUUGAGUGUCUCAUUGACGAGAGAAGUGCAUGUCUAGACCAAGACGCACUGUGUGCUGAGAGCAUUGUACCAUAAUCCAUGAAGGUGUGUUGUGUGAUAUAAUCAUAUUUGUUGACGUGCAAGUUGUCUGGUUACAAAUGUAGGUGUGAUGUAUGUUGUCAACAGUAUAUAACAUUGUACAGUUAAACCCAAGACUUCUGUGUGCAAUGAGGCUACAUGGGUAUCUAUUGUACAUAGCUUUUUUUGUCCAGAUAUGCAUAUCUUGAAGCAAACGUGUUUAUCGCAAGACUUACAAACUGCAUGUACACAUGAAUAGAGAGAAUUUCCGUAGAUAAAAAUAUAGAGGGUGCAAGAGCAAUAGAUGAUUGUAUUCUGUAUGUAUGCAAUAAAUAAUGGAUUAUAUAAUUAUAAAAGAAUUAUUACUACUAGUCCAAUUUAUUUUGUUACCUUGAAGAGGCAAACAAUUUGAACAAUGCUUUGUGCAAAAUAUGAGUAGAAAAAGAUGGUUGAAAGUAUACAACUUAUUUUUGGCUGCUUGGAGCUCUCUUGUCAAUACUAGUAUAAGAGCAGUUAUACAGUUUAGUUACUGUAAAAACCACUGGGGCAAAUUACUUAUGAUACAAUGUACUGCUGUGAAGUAACACUGUUAGAUAUUACAAACUAUCUAGCAUAUCAAAUAUCUUUUUUUUUAAUGACAAUUAAUAGGUAAGUUGGUUUUGACCGGCCCAUGAAGAACACUUCUAUUUAGUCAAAUCUAGUCAAUCAAAGUCUAGCAUUCUCUUUGUAAAAGUCAUUGAAUGGGUAUCGAAACAGCAGGUUAGAUUAAUUAGUCACAUUUCAUUGAACGUUAUGUCCGACUGUGUUAAUUUUGGAUACAUCAUUUACUGGUGCUUCAUUCAAUAAUGUGCAUUAUGUUAUUUCAUGUAAGUUUGUGCUGUGCAUGUUGUAAGAACAAGUGUAGCCUGACUUGUACUAGGGUAUAGUAGUACAUAUAUUCCUCAGGUGGUAUGUGUAUGUGUAGCAUCGAAUACCAAUAACUUGCCAUGUAGAUAAUGUGUUAUGUUUUUUUUGUUCUUUGUCUGUUAGGCCAUACCAAUUUAGUUAGUUGGGUCUCGGAUUCGCCCGCUUCGUCUUUUCUAAUUUGCCAACAACAACAACAAAAAAAAAAGAUUCAGGUUCUGAAUUAACUUGUCUUCCUCGUUAUAAUAAUGCACUGAUUUGAUAAAAAGUUUAAAAUUCAUUGUUUUGAAUCAUAUAAACCAACCUGGUAUGUUGACAUCAUGGCUCCUAUUGCAGCUUUCAUUUGGAGUUAGUUAUCAGAGGAUGCCUAGCUAAGUCUGUUGUGUUCUUUUUGCCCUGUAGCUUAAUAUUUUUUUUUUUUCAGAAGAUAUCCGAGAACCAAAUAAAAUUGGUGUGGCCUUACUGUACCAAUGCAAUCUGAUGAGAUCAGUGACCAACCCUAUUACUGUAUGAGUAGGUUUAUUGGACGCUACAAACCUAGCUAUGUAGGUAACACAGAAGAGGGCUAGCUAGUAACGUUACUUGUAUUUUGGACACAAGUGUGUUUUUUGCAAGCUCAAAACGAAUGCGUAAUUUUCAUCAACCAAAGGUGUUUUACUUUGGGUUAGCAUGAAUUCCUUUGAAGGAAAAGUGAAAUUGCCUACUUCUUCUUUAUCAGAUAGGUUAUGAAAAGAAAAUUUAUCAUAUAGCAGGCAGAUAUCUCAGCCGUUAUGUACUUGUUACAUAAUGCUUCAGAUGUGAUUGUGAGUGCAUGUUAUAGAGAUUUGAUAGAUAUGACAGACAAUCAUUCCCUAAAACUGCUUCAUGUUGUUGAACAGUUACGAUGACCACAAAAAAUAUUGAUUUACAUUCUUCUCUGACAUCACAGAUAGAAAUUGAACUUAAAGAGCAACUUGAAAGCGGAGACCUAAGAAGUAAUGUCUAUGCAUAUUAUACUAGCAGCGAAAUGUACUGCAACUGUGCAAGCUUUACUGACAUUUUAGGAACAUUUUAUAGGAACUGCAUACCAUAUGACAAUACCGUCUGUUGACAUUUAAACUUUUUGCUCAUUUUCUGGAACUUGUAUGUGAGAACAUGUUGAUACUAAUAUUCAAUUUACAAGUUUCCAUGUAACAAGUCCUUUUUCUAGAUAGAAGAAAUUGAAUGCAUCUGUCAGAAUCAGGUUCAGAUACCAUUGCUAGCAGGUUGGAAUCCUUUGCUGUAGCAGGGAGUUAACAAAGAGGGUAUGAAUUCUGAGGAAUUCUGACUUUUUUUCUUACAUGUGUAGCUAGAUGGACUUUUGUAUUAUUUCCCCCCAUCUCCACACGUGUGCAUAAUUUUGGUAUGACUUUGUAUAUUUCUUUUUCUGUUGAGGCAACAUUGUUUUGAACAGCUGCAAAAUUAGUGUAAACUGACGCUUGUGUACAGUUAUGUCAAGAUCUGUAACAUGGACUGACAUGUUCUGAAUGUGGCCAGUAUUAUUGCCACUAUUUUCUGCAUUGAACAAUGCUUGAUUCAAAACUGUGAAAAGUGAAGAGUAGCUGCAUUGGAUAAGGAGAUGUUGACAACUUUCAUCAUUAACUUUGAUGCGUUAGAUAAAUGUAGACUAUACUGAUGUGAUGUCCAGUCAUUCUCAUCAGCAUUUGCUUUGUAAGUGUUUAAAGAGGUUACAACUUGGUACCCAAACACAACAGAAACAGUUUUGUACUGGUUCAGUUACUAUCACCAAUAAAGAAAAUAUGUAGUAA